GGUUUGACUUCUGAGAUUCAGAUCAAGUUCUAGGUCAUUUUUUUUCAAAGUGGUUGGUUCGACUUUUAAGAAAUUCGAGUUCUAAUGAGUUCGAGAACUGAGGUACCACUGUACAUCAAUAUGGAACUGGUCCCAGCUUUGCAUGGCUACCACUCUUCAGGGAAGACUUUCCACAAGAUUUUGCAGAGUAUCUGUGGGAAUUUGUGCCCAAUCAUCUAGAAGAGGAUUUGUGAGGUCAGGUACUGAUGUUGGACGUGAAGGCCUGGCUUUCAAUCUCCAUUCUAGUUCAUCCCAAAGGUCAGGACUCUGUGCGGGGCAGUCAAGUUCUUUUACACCAAACUCACCCAACCAUGUCUUUAUGGACCUUGCUUUGUGCACUGGGGCACAGUCAUGCUGGAACAGAAAAGGGUCUCUCCCAUACUAUUCCCACAAAGUUGCUGUCCAAAUUGUCUCGGUAUGCUGAAGCAUUAAGAGUUCCCUUCACUGUAACUAAGGGGCCUAGCCCAUCCUCUGAAAAAGAAUCCUACAUCCUUAUCCCCCCUCCCCAUUAUCCCUCCUUCUGGUUCAACCUUGGCAGCCCAUUCCAUGAAGCCCAUUCCAUGAAGCUCCUGGUGCACAGUUUUUGGGCUGGGGUUAAUGCCAGAGGAAGUUUGGAACUCCACAGUUAUUAAGUCAACAGAGCUUUGGCGACUUUUCCACACUAUGCUCCAACAGAGCACUUGGCGACCCGCUCUGUUACUUUACGUAGUCUGCAACCUCAUGGCUCAGUUUCUUUUGUUCCUAAAUGCUUCCACUUUGCAGUAAUCCUGCUUACAGUUCCUAACAGGGAAAAAAAUUCCCUGACUUAACGCAAAGGUGACAGUACCACGCUUGAAUUCACUGAGCUCUUUAGAACGACCGAUUCUUUCACAAAUGUUUGUAAACCUGAUUGCAUGGGUAGGUGUUUGAUUUUAUACAACUGUGACAAUGGGUCUGAAUGAAACACCAUAAUGACCUUGAUGAUGAGAGGUGUGUCCCAGUGCUUUUGAUAGUGUAUAUUAUGGGAAACAGCUCAUGAACAGAAAGGUCAUCACCUCGAUCGCGGCGGUAGACUAGCUUUUUAGUCCUCAGUUAUAUUUUUUCUUUUUUCCUGUUGCAUUCUGGGAGAAUCUUUGCAGUUGUGUCAGCUUUGUGUUUGGAUGCCAUUCUGAUUGCCAGUGGUAAAUAGCUAUGUGUCACUUUUCUGAGCAUCAAGGCUGAUAAUCAGACACUCUAUGCAAACUAUAGCAUAAACGAUGUCAGAGGAGCAGGGCAGGGGUAAUAAACACAGGGAAAGUCACCAUGAAGCUUUGGAGAUAUGAUCUGCAGUAAAGGUCUGCCAGUGGGUCAGUGAUGACCUGAGGCCUCCCUGCGUAUUGCCUUUGUUCAGGUCACUGGGGCCACUUUUCCCUGUUAGAGGCUGUUCUUAGAUGUGUGUCAGCAAUGGAGGUUUAUUUACAAACACAUGUUCUAGUAUUCAGCCGUUUCAAAAUAAAAAUGCAUUUUUAUUAGGAUAAUCCCACCUGUGACGGUGCUGUUUAACUGCCUUAUACUGAAUUUUGUUGCCUUUCUGCUAACUCAAACACAAUGUGUAGCUCAUUAUCACAGCACAGUGCUGUUAAUAUCACUAGCAAGGAAACCAGGAGCACUGAUUCCUAUGGAGGGUCUGCAUUGGCCCCACUCUCUUGCAGGAACACGCCCCCUCAGACAGGCUGAGUAGCAAAACAUGCUGCGACAUGGCUGAUCUUAGUCGGGGAGACUGAAACAAAUGACUGUCUGCUUAAAUUAAUAUCCUUAUUGCAUUAUUUCAGACUGAGCUGUCACUUUCCAACCACUUUCUAUUUAUAUGGUAACUUUACUCUAUUUUGAUUUUUUAUUUAUUUAUAAAUUUCUGUUUUCUGUUACUUUUAAUUCCCUUCCCUUAACUUUUUACAGCUCCCUCUAUUUCUCUGUACUAUGCACUGGGACUUGCAGAAUCACAAUCCCUACCUUUACGUUGCACAGUGUGUUGAUGUAUAGGAAUAAUAAUAAAAACUUUGAAAUUGAAACUAAUUGAAUAAUAUGAACCUGAUUUUGAUGCCGGGGCAAUAGACAAACAAAGCACGAAGGCAUUCGAAAGCCUUGGUGCUUGGUCCUACUUCAAGAGGAAAUUGCAGUGAUGAGGACACCAAUGGAUAUUCUGAGAACAUGUGGACAGGUUUGUACAAAUCUUUUUAUUUUAUUACAACUUUUGGUCAGAAUUGACUACCUUUUGCAUGGAUUCCAGAUAGACUGACCCCUCGUCCGCAUUUCACCCAGACAGCUCAGAUUUCCAGCCUCUGUCCAAACAUGAAGCUCGGACUGAAUUAUUUAAAACAUGUAAAUCAGCCGGGGGUGGGGUAGGCGGGCUAUAACCUGAGUCUGUGGCUUAGUGGGGGUCCAGUAAAAUGUAUGAGCCAGGUACAAGAGAUUAACUCUUUCUGGUAGAUGCUCAGAUCGUGCUACUGUCCAGUUCUGAGAAGGAACGGGCAAGUCUCGUCUUUAUGAUGCCCCAGUGACUGUGAAGACCCCUGUCCCAACUUUGCAGUUAAUUUCUGGGGCAUCGAAUGAAUCACAUGUCUGUCUCGAGUGCUUUUGCAGCACAUCUGAGUGGGCCAGUCAUGCAGGAGGAACUGGAGGAAAACGGAGGAAGCCGGACCCGAGGACAUGACACUGUGCACAAAGUACAUUGUCCACCGUUAGACGUGAAGGCACCAUGUCGUCGGCCUCUCAAUGAUUCACUCAGGCCUGACUGAUCUGGCGUGGCUUCACAGCACGACAACAUGCAUUGGAGAUUCCAACCAAAGGCGUGCAUUCCAGAGAAGGCAUUUGCAUUGGGCACUGCUGACUCUGUCCUCAGGGCACUGCUGACUCGGUCCUCAGGGCACUGCUGACUCGGUCCUCAGGGCACUGCUGACUCGGUCCUCAGCUUUUGUGGCCUCACCUUUGACCUCAGCUCUUCGAUCGAGGGGGAUUUGCAUGUUUUCACUGUGAUGGCGCUGAAGGUCUCUCUGAAGCUAUGAGCAGCUCAUAAAAAUCCCCAGGCUUGAAGCUCCUUUGCAUCUGCCCACUGAAUGCGCCCAGGCUUUGUAGAGCCUCGGCACACGAGGAGAGAUUUGGUGAGAGGCACGACCACUGUGAGGCCCGAACACUCUGUGACGAUGGUGAGGACUCACCCACAACCGUAGCUCUAAUCAUCAGGGGAACACAGCUGUGGUUGGAAUACAGUGACAUCACUUGAGGUUUCAUCUUUGGCACAUAAAAAGCGGCCGAGAGAAUCGCUCAUCGAGAAUAUUCACCUUGCAGUCACAGCCUAUAUGUGAUUAUUCCUGCGGGGCAUUAAUAAGACACGGAGCCACCAGGAGCAGAAUAUGCACUGGGAAAAAUCAGCAUCAGCUGAACGGACGAGUUCCAAACCCUACCAGGGGGUGAGGGUCAAAGAUCCCGUCAAAGAGCUUCUGAGGAGGAAAAGAGGAAAUGACCUGAACAGCGCCAAGCCUGCACCUGCGACAGCGGUGGUUGUGCCAAACACUGUACUCUCAUCAUAUCCCCAAAUUGCACCAGUGACUCUUUCUGAGGCUGGUUCCAUCAUCCCUGAUUCCCUGGCAGUGGAGGAGGGGACAGCGUGCUCAGGCUGGAUCGCACAGCCUGCCCCCACGACUCUGCAGUCCGUGGCCCCAUGGCCGUGCGCGGAGUACCUGCCCACUGAGCACGGUGGGUCGGCCUACGCCAGUGACAUGUACGUGCAGCCCAUGUGCCCCAGCUACACCGUGGUGGGGCCGCCCUCGGUGCUGACGUACACGCACACACCUCUGUUCACCAACUUCGCUAGCAGACCCCCCCCAUCCUCGGCCUUGCCUCAGCUGGAUCUCCCUGACUCCUCAGUGACCUACCUACCAUGGGCUCAGCCCUUGGCUACCUUCUCUACGGCGGCCGCCCAGUGCCCCCCCUGCACAGCCCCCUUCUUGGCCCCGCCCACCACGGCCGUCACGGUGCCGGAGCUGCAGCGGCGGGAGCAGGCAGGGAACAGUCUGCCCCUGGAGAAACUGCUGGAGGAGGAUGAUGACAAGGACACGUAUAUGGGUGCUCCUUUGCUCUUUAUCGAGGACGUCUGAAGGUCCCUGGCGAAGUGUGUCUGUGUGUGUGUGUGUGUGUGUGUGUGUGUGUGCGUGCGUGCAAUCAAAAAACUAAAAAUGCCUAAAGUCUUGUAUUUUGUUUGGUUACUGAUGCUAAAGUUAGGGGUUAAGGUUG